AGAUCAGAUAUGACUGUCGUUGACUCUAUUAAUGUUGUUACUCCUCAAAGCGCAAUGGCCGGUGAGGAUAAAAUUAACGUAGAUACUGUCAUUAAUAAAAAUGUAGGCGAAUCGGGAUUAGUUUCCAGAGACUCCAUGGAUGUAAGCCAGGAAGAUUACGAAGGGACUAUUGAAAACCAUUACGAUCAUGACUAUAGCUCUGAUGGUAUUGAUAAUCAAAACCAUCAACACGUUAUGGAUCACGAAUAUGAUUACAACGCUGCCGAUGUGGUGACCUUGAAUGAAAGCAUGGAGGAGCUCAAGUUAAACAAAUACCACUACAAUUAUGCCUCGGCAAUUGACAACCUGUCAUCUGAUGAUGUUGGAUUGAUGUGCUUUCCAAUUCAAAAAAGAUUACAGGUUUACAAAAAUGGCUCGAACUUCACCCUUCUAUGUGUUGGCGAGUCAGGUGUCGGCAAGACUUCCUUUAUCAAUACUUUGUUUGACUCAUUAUUAAUUGAAAAAAAGUCCUCAUACAAUGAGGAUUUUAGCCAACACCCACACAAAACAACAGUGAUCACUCACCACAAGAUGGACUUGAUUGAAGAUGGCUUCAAGAUGAGGUUAAACAUCAUCGAUACACCAGGAUUUGGUGACUAUAUUGAUAACAAAUACUGUUGGUAUCCGAUUGCCAGAUAUAUUGAUGAACAAUAUAGAAGGUUGGUGUACCAAGAAAAUCAGCCAAAUCGUAGCAAUUUGAUCCACAGCGAGGUCCAUGCAUGUCUUUACUUUAUUGCCCCAUCUGCCAUUGGCUUGACCGCGUUGGAUAUUGAUGCGAUGAGAAACUUGUCUACAAGAGUAAACUUGAUUCCUAUCAUCACCAAAGCAGAUGGCUUCACAAAUGAAGAAUUGUCGGCCUUCAAGCAAAGAAUCAGAAACACCUUGAAGGAAGAGAAUAUUUCGAUCUGUGAAUUAAUCGACGAGAAGAGCAGGAUAAAAUCCUUGAUAAACGAGAUGCCAUUCUCGACAAUCAACUCUGUUGAUGUUUAUGCAAACGACAAUGGGGAUAAUGUUCGUGGUAGAAAGUACAAAUGGGGAUUGAGUGAGGUUGAGAAUCCAAAGCAUUGUGACUUCCUUAAGUUGAGAGACUUUUUGAUUGAAAGUUACAUGGGUGAUUUGAUAUCAUCGACUGAAAACUACUAUGAGAACUAUCGUAGAGAUUUCAUGAAAUAUAGGCUAGGAAAGGCCAUCAACCUCACUAUCAAUGAGGAAGAGAUGGAGAAGUUGGGCAUCAAGGAAUACGACAGGGAGGUCAUUGUGCCAAGCAGCAGGGGCAGCUGGAAGAGCAUCAGCAAGGACACCAGUCCUUCUCAUCCAAGUUUGGACCAGAUGAUCGACACAAAAAGUUCGAUCGAGAUUUUGGAGCUCUUGAAUAGAAUCUCCUUGGGCGAGACCGAGAAGGAGUUGGUUGAGUUGAAUCCGGCCUACUUGGAAAUGGAGAAGCAGGUCAAGAAGAAGUUCACCGGCAUAGUCCAGCUACAGAACCAGAAGUUUAAGGACUGGAAGAGGACGCUUUUCGAGAAGCAGGACAAGUUCAACAAAGACAUCGAGCAGGUCCACCACCGGAUGAUUGCGUUACAGGAAAACGUCAAGUCCUUAGACUUCCUCAAGUGAGCCAGGAGUCUGGAAUAUUGCUAAACAACGACUUAGUUAGAACAACAAACACGAAGCGCUAUAUAUUUUUUUCUGUAGGCUUUGAAAGAGUUG